AUGGCGGGCCACGUGGAGGGACUGACUGAGGAGCAGAAGCAGCAGUAUCUUGAUCAAGGCUAUCUGGUGCUUGAAGAUUUCUUGUCGUCGGACGAUUGCUCCCGAAUGAUGCAGCGAAUCGACGAGCUGCUGGAGGGUUUCGACCCCAACACGGUCAACGUCUUCAGCACGCGUGAUCAGGCCCGCCUGACCAACGAUCAUUUCCUCGACAGCGGCAGACGAGUCUCUUUCUUCUUCGAAGAGAAGGCGUUUGACGCAGACAAGAAGCUGGUGAAGCCUAAGAAGCUUGCCAUCAACAAAGUGGGGCAUGCCUUACACGAUUUGGACAGUGUGUUCGGCCCGCUGUCUCGCUCCUCUAAGGUCGCCUCCCUCUGCAAGUCUCUGGGCUUCCGGCGGCCCUUGCCCGUCCAAUCCAUGUACAUAUUCAAGCAACCAGGCAUAGGCGGCGAGGUGGUGCCGCAUCAGGACAGCUCGUUCCUGUACACGGACCCGCCCUCGUGUGUGGGCGUGUGGGUGGCCGUGCAGGACGCCACGGUGGAAAAUGGCUGCCUGUACGCGCUGCCGGGCUCGCAUAAGGACCCCCUAGCUCGGCGGUUCAUGCGGGACGGCAAGGGCGGGGUGACGUUUGACGCGCCUAGCCCCACAUACGACCUCACCCAGUUCGUGCCUGUCCCAGUCAAGGCCGGCACUGCCGUCAUUCUGCACGGCCAGCUCGUGCACUUCAGCUACGAGAACAAGUCCCCCGUGUCACGCCACGCCUACUCCAUGCACAUUGUCGAGUCGGACGGGGCGGAAUAUCCGUCCGACAACUGGCUUCAAGUGGCCGCAGAAGACCCACCGUUCCAACCGUUUUAUGCUGCAGAAUCAUCCACUGCAGCUGCUCAUUAG